AUGGACUCGGAGUUUGUGGCGGACCUGGCGUUUCUGGCCGAGCUGGCAGCAGAGGAGCCCGAAGGCAAUGUCAAGGACCUUGCCAACGAGUACCUGACGGCGCUGGACCUGCCGCUGGUCCGUGCCAUGGCCCGCAAGCGCAAGACGAACGGCACGCUGCCGCGGGCGGACGUCUCGCUCCGCUCGCUCUCGAUGACGACGGCGCUGCAAGGUGCGGCGACCAGCGAGCACGGCGGCGGUGGCGGCGACGGCGACGACGACGACGUGUCCUACGGGUCCAGCGCGCCGGCGCUGCGGCCCGAGGACCAGUUCUGGGAGUUCAAUGCCAGAGUCACCGCCGUCCGGCUAGGCAAGGUGCCCGACGACGGGCCGGACCACAACCCGUAUCUGCAGCCGCAUCUCCGCCGGACACUGCACCACCGUGGCUCGCUGACUGACGUCCGCUUUGCCGUCGCUCACAAGGUCCCGCCCGUCCGCGUCGAGCCGUUCUCGGCCCAGACCAUGGAGCGCCAGGCCCAGUCGGAGCGCUCCGAGCGUGAGCUCAAAAUCGUCAAGUCCUCUGUCGCCCGCACUAUCGACUCGAUCAUCGCCCGUGUCUCGGCCUCGUUCCGCAAGACAGAGCAUGAGCGCAAGCGCAAGCUCUCCGAACUCGUCGACAAGUCGCGGAAGGAGCACAAGUCGCGCGAGGGCGACUCGGACCUCGAGCUCGAUUCGCUUUCGGCGCUCUCGGCCAUGUUUGCCACCGAGUACGUCUCCGUCUUCCUCAUGCGCCUCACCGAGGCGCUGCCCAACCUUGUUCAGACCGUCAUCAACAAGGUUGCCCUCCUCGACCGCUCGUCUCAGGCGCGCGCGCCCUCGUUCGGCCGCUACUCCCCGGUCUCCAACGACGGCGAUGUCGAAGACUCGGACUUGGACGACGGCCGCACCUCGCGCCUCUCGCCGGUCCAGACCGCCCGCCUCGAGUUUUUUGUUCUCCUCCAGUCGGCCAAGUACGUCUACCGCAAGUUUACCCCGCACAACCGCGUCCGCUCCUCCAUGCCGCCGGCCCUCCACGACUGGACCCGCGUCUCAGCCUUUUUUGAGUCAUGCAUCUUUGACUACAACCUUGCGCCCGAGCGGGCCAAGCAAGUCUAUGCCGUCUUUCAUGGCGUCGACGAUCGCACCGUCGGCGCCUCGUCCGUUUUCCGCUCACCUUCGCCGCUCUCGUCGAGUAAGAAGAAGACAUCGCCGUCGCGCUCCAGCUCUCGCGUCCGCUCCUCGUCCAAGGCUACAGCCUCACCGGCGUCGCCGCUGCGGACUCCGUCGCGGCUGCUCCACCCAGACUCUGCACCUGAGUCUAUUAUGACGCGCAUGCUGGCCGACAAUACCCCUGUCUCGCCGCACGCCUCCGCUCUCCUCCGCCAGCUCGGCCGCAUGAACGGUCUUGACGUCGCCGCCUCACCCAACGUCUCUGCCUCGUCGCUGCACGACCCGGCGUCGCCGCCACCGCCGCUCAAGCUCAACGGAAGCUUUACAGCCUCGUCGCCGAUUUACGCCUCGCCCCUUCGCGCGCACCCCACGCCGCCGCGGCGCCAGCGCCACUCGCGCUCCACAGGCGGCUCUGGCUCUGGCUCGGCCAAAGAUGCCAAAUCUGUCUCUGUCUCUGCCUUGGAAUCCAGUCCGACCAAGGCCAUGCAUGCUUUGGUGAGUGGUGCUGGUGACGCCGAUGAUGCCGCGACCCGUGAUGGUGGUGAUGGUGGCGAUGGUGGUGACGGCGCAACGUCAGUCCCCAUCUCCAAGUCCAAGUCCAAGUCCAAGUCCAAGGGAAAGGGCAACGGCAAGGGCAAGAGUAAGUCCAAGAGCAAGUCCAAGGGUAAGGGCAAGGGUAAGGGCAAGGGUAAGGGCGAGGGCAAGAGCAAGGACAAGUCCAAGUCCGAGCUUGCUGCGUCUGGUGCCCCAGAGUUCACCCCGGAAGCCGACAACGAACCGACGCCCGCUCCUGCCCCUCCUCCCAACAACACCCCGAUCGACAAGCCUGGCGCUGCUGCCGCUGUCGAGCCUGCUUGCGAGUCGGCAAGCGUUUCCGAGCCUGAUCAACCUUUGGCAACUCUGCCUGAGAUGGAACAGGGCAAGGGCAAGAGCAAGGGCAAGGGUAAGGGAAAGGGUAAGGGCAAGGGCAAGGGUAAGGGCCAAGGCCAAGAAUGA